UGCAAAGAUAAUUAGAAAGUUAUGUGUCUGUGUGUGCGUGGUCUUUUGAGAAAGAACACACUGUAACACCACCUUUUUCUUUUUCUUUUUUUUUAAUUAGUAGAUUUUUGGCGUUUUUUUUUUUUGCCAACACUGGAAGAAGGGAGAGAGGAGAGAGAGAGGGAGAUCUCACACCUAAAGGUGGAAUGGAAAGACAGAAGCGCACCUGGGAUGGAUUUCUGUUUUCUUGGAUCUCCAUGCUUCUGCUUACAGUUUCCGCUACAAAGCCCAAGAUUAUAGGCUGUGAGCUCUUGGAGCACGAGUACAUGACCUGUUAUUGGACUGGAAACAUUUCAGAUAACGUCACUUACAUGAUGCGGGUAAAAACGACCAAUUGUCUGUGCAAUUGUUCAAUCUCUACCAAUUGUCAAAUCACCAUGGACUCCUGUAAUACCACAACCACUCAUUGCUCUGUGAAAAUUAACUCAGUGUCUCAUUGCUUCUGUGUGGAUGUGCUGGUGUUUGGUUCCUCCAUCACCACCAGCUUAGAAGAAUACUGCUUCCAUGGGAUUAAUGAAGUUAAGAUGAACUCCCCAAAAAUCACAAAGCUUGCCAUGCUGCAAGGAAAUGCCACUUGUCUGAGGCUGGAGUGGUCAGAGCCACAUUCGGAAUAUUUGCCAUCCGAAAGGAAUGAUCGUGUUAUACAGAUAGAGUAUCACACUCCGCAGCAGGCCCACUUCCCCAAUGUGAAUACUCUUCUUCAUGAUUGGUGGACAAACUUAUGUAGCUUAUAUCCAGGAACCAAGCACUUGGUCAGGGUUCGCGCUCAGGACUUGAGAGCAGCGCAUCACUGGAGUUCUUGGAGUGGAUUUGCGGAAGCCACCACAGCAGAGGCUGCCCCAGUAUCUGCCCCAGAGCUGUGGAGACACAUCAAGCCAGUGGACGGGAGCGACCAAAGACGUAUCACCUUGCUCUGGAAGCCUCUCCAGUGGCCACACACUAACGGUGUGCUUCUGCGCUACGCCGCUUCAUGCCGGGGUGAGCAGCACCGUUCCUCCCGGGACUGCGAUCAUCUGGAUUCUCAAAGCACUUCUUGCAUCAUUUAUGUCUCUCCUCACGCCUGUGACUGCAGUCUGAAUGUGUCUAACUCAGCCGGGACUUCACCCUCAGCUCACAUAUACAUACCUGGAGAGAAGGACACAGAGCUCGGACCCCCUGAAAACAUCAGCGUCGUUGCUUUGGAUGACUUCCAGCUGGAGGUGGAAUGGACAGCGACAGUGAAGCAAUCAGAAUCCAGCUUCGUGGUUGAGUGGUUUCCCAUACCGGACACCACAGUGGUUGGUUUGUCCUGGAGGAUUUUAAAGGGCUCUGCAAAAAGCUUCAUCAUUACAGGCGUGUAUCCUGAGAUCCCAUAUAAUGUUUCAGUUCGGGUCCUUCAUAACAACACAGCUGGAGCUGCCAGAUUUGUCAUCGCCUUUACCAGACAAGGAGCGCCCUCUGUUGGCCCAAAGCUGGAAGUGAUUCAGCCAUCAAGCAAUGAUGUGACUCUAAAGUGGCAGCCUGUUCCUCUGGAGAAACUGCGGGGAUUCAUCCAACACUACACCGUCUUAUAUAAAUACAACGGCAAAAUAAAAUCCCAAAAGCUAAGUGGUGAUUCUGAGCAGUUUUUUCUUAACGCUCUGUCUCCUGGAGAGUAUACAGUGUGUGUGAAGGCCCACACACUGGCAGGGGGCGCUGAGAGUCCAUGGGUCACUGUGACUAUAGGCAAUGUUCACAUACCAGUGACGACCAUAGUGCUGUGCACCGCAAUGACUUUGAUUUUGGUCAUUUUCCUCAGCCAGACCAAAAGGAUUCAGCAGUGUAUCUGUCCGAUCAUCCCUGACCCAUCUAAGAGCAGCCUGUCCAUCUGGCCUUCUGUCUGUCCACAUCAGCAUAAUCUACCAAACAUGGACUUUAAAUCGUCCCCUCUUCUCUUCAAGCCUAUCAGCACGAGAGGAGAAAUAACAGGACAUCGUCGUCACCACCAUCAACACCAGCCCAAGGACAACAAUCUCCAGGCUUUCAGCUCACAAAUAAAUAAACAACUCUGUGUACAAGAUUCACGAACAUUCAGUGAGCCGAACAUUGAAGAACCCACCGAAGAACCGACCACUGAUCUCGGCUAUCAAAACGCUCUCAGUGCAACUCAGGGUUCCUCACACAACAUAUCUUCUGAUUGUUUAGAAGGUCCUGAUGUUGGAACGACCGAAGUGGAUUCAGUUUUCUAUAAAGGCAACGUUGUGCCCUGUUCUGAAACCUAUCUGCCUCUUGACUGUCCAGCGCUCAGAGAGGACACCCUGGACCCAGAAGAUUUUUUUUACAAAAGGAAACUUGUGUCCAAAUUGUGUCCAAAGACCUGUUGCUACAGCCACGUAUCCACCAGUUAUCUCCCAGAUGCUGAUUCCUACAUUGACUUUAGAACGGUGGCGUACAAUUCGACUAAUCUUAUCCGUGAAAGUAACCAUUUCUCAAGACUAGAGUCCAGUUACUGCAGCCAUGUUUCAACUGGUUAUCUUCCUGUCCCCGAGCCUUCGCUAGAUUACGCCGACUUUGUGUCAGUGAACACGGCUGACUUUCUCCAUCAGAGUAACCACAUGCCAAAAUAUUUAGCUCGUGGUUAUAUGCAUGUUUCUACAAGCUAUCUGCCACUUCCCCUGGCUCAUUCUGAAGCAGACUUCACUAAUAGUGUUCAUGAUAAUAAUUAUAAGUCAGGAUUAAAUUCCUGCAUUUACAGCAACGUACAGAGCAGCUAUCAGAAAUCAUGUCCUGACUUAGAAACCGACGAUGUAUACAGGGCAUUGUAGUUCUGUAGGAGCUGUGGAACAUCCAUCUACUUUUGACAGUUUUCCGUACAGAAACAGUACAUGUCAGGGAUGACUAGUUGUUGCAUGUUUGUGCAUUGGCAGGAUUGUAGCAGGUGGCAUUUAUCACAAAACAAAUAAUGUAUGAGAGAAGUCAAACCAGGACUUUUGACUGUGCAGAAUAACAAAACGCAAUUAUGAAAGUAAAAACUGGGUUAAUUUCUCUAGAUAAUCCCCUGCUACACUAUCUGAUGGCCUGCUUCAUGUCUGAUACGCUGGCCUCCCAGAAACUCCUGCUGACCUAAACAUGUGGAAAUGGCUUGAAGCGAGGACAGGACUGUACAGAGGAAUGUGGCAAUAACUCUCAGCCGAGUCCCUGUAAUGUGCAAGUGGUGUUGGUGAAUGAUUUUGUGUACAGUUCUCGCAGACAGAUUCAUCUCUUUGCAAGAUAUAAAAUCGAUUUUAUUAUUAUUCUUUUUUUAUUUUUAAGUAUCAGUUGUUCCACUUCUUGAGCGUUCACCAUCUGAUUGGGUUCGGAGCCACAUGGGCCGACCACAGAUGUACGGCCUGGAGAAAGAAACACUUGCACCAUUCAAAUAGUCUCAUUGUCUUACUGUACCUGAAGUCUUCUGUAAAUGUCAAUCAGCUUAACAGCUUCAUUUAUGACAAAUAUUAUCACUGAGGCCUUGUUUGCCCUCGUGUCCUGCUACAGCCAGAACUCUCACCUUAUUUUUUUUAGCCUGGAGUCAAAGUUGAGAGCUGAGUCCCGGUUUGACAGAAGGAACAUGUUUGUUUCUUUGUUUUUGUUUUUUAAUUAAAAAAUAAAUAAAAAUAAGUUUUAUGUUAUGAUGGUUGUCAGAUCAUAUGAAUUGUGGAGAAGCAAAUAGAUAUGUUUGUGCUUAUUGUCAUUAUGCACCAGCUAUGCUUUUUAACUCUUACCUUUGUCUACCUCUAUAACUUGUAUACUAUGUAUAUGUUAGUAUAUACUAAUAACGAUAUAGUAUACUUUAGUAUAUUGAGCAGCUAUUCAGAAACUUACAUGCUGGCAAGUUUACUUAUUUUCCCUGCCAGGAAAUUGUGAAAAGAUACAUUAAACAUGAUGUCUUGUGAAUUUGUUCUCUCUCUUUUUCUCUCUCUCUCUCUUUCUCUUUCACUUUUUCUUUGCUUGGAAAACUUUCCUUAUGACAAUUUUUUUUUAAAGCCAAAAGUGAAACAGCUUUAUUUAUGCAAGUGCUGAUCCUGAUUGAACUCUGUUUUUAUGACUUAAGUACCUCCAUACAGAGAGCUUCACCAGAGUAACGAUGCUUGUUUUUCACUGAUAAAAUUAUGUGAGUCUGUCUGACAAGUCCUAGUGAAAUAUAGGGUUCACCUGUAGUUUGCCUUGGAUUUGGCUCAAAUGUCUGAGCUGCUGUGAUAGAAAACUAGCGUAAGUAACAGUUAAAAGGGUAAAGCUAAAAGUAAGCUGAUUAUCUUCAAUGUAAUCAGUGAUAUUAUUAUAAUAAUUAUUAUUAUUAUUACUAAGUUGCUGCUCAUGUACACGUCUGCCUGUCUUUCUGUACAACAGAACUCUCUGGUUAACUUAACAAUACAAUAAAUUAACAUUGUGUAAGUUUGAGUAUCUAACGCCUUGUUUACAUUAAGUUGUCCUUCUUUCGCCGUCAGCCGAAUACACUUCCUGUUCGGUAAUCGGAGACUGAAUCCCUGAUGAGGAAUCGAAAAAGUAAAUCCGAUAAAGAUGAUGUUUUGUCUUAAAAUGACUUCAGUAAGUUAAAAUUCAUUUAUACUGUAGAGCCCUGAAAAUAUGAACUAAUCUAAAAAAUAUUAAUUUUCGCUUUUAUAAUUAUAUCUAUUAGAGCGGGUGUUUGUUUACAUUAAGCAAGUAGCUACUGUAAUUAGUAGCUUAAUUUAGAAUAGAUUAUUAAGUUUGGAACAUCGAUGUUUAUAACAUCGCAUUUACUCAACGUUUUUUUGAUUUCAUUUAUGGUGCAGGUUAAACUCCAGGUGCUACAAAAGUAUCAUUGAAUUCUGUCCAGCGGUCGAUUUAAGACGCGUCCACAGUUUACACAAACUUGCGGUUUAUAAUCUGGCACAUAACUGCUCAUAACAUUUAUUGCACAGUUUUAACUUCAGGCAAAUACCUUAAUACUGGCAAAGUUUCAGUAAAUUCUGUCUAGCGAGUUUUGUAUGAUGCUGUGACAGACAGACAGACAGACAGACAG